UCGGGCGGCGGCGUCGGGAGCGCAGACGGCGGCGCUGCUGCUAGCGGGGUGCUGGGCAGAGGCGGCGGGUGAGGCGCGCGCCAGCGGCCGGCCGGGGAGGCGCCUCAGCUCCGCCGGGGCCCGCGGCGCGGGACCAAGGACCGAGGAGGAGGCGGCGCCCCCGCUGCCUGGGGCCGCGGCUGGACGUUCCCGGCCCGGAGCGUCCCGGACCCGCCUCCCAGAGAGACCCCCCCAGAGCUCCCGGCCGCCCCCUGGGGGCCCGCAGCCUCCCGGGACUCACCUGCUCCGGCAGCCCGGUACCCAGGUGCGGGGGCGUGUGCGCGGCGAGGGCGCCUCCCCCGGCCGCCAGCGGGGCGGGGGCGGAGGCGGGGCCGCCCGCCGCCCUCGGCCUCACCGGUCCGCCCGGCGCCGUCAGUCUCACCGGUCCGCCCGCCGAGCCCGGUCGCGCGGCGAGCUCCCGGGUACCGCGGCCCGGGAUGCUGCUCGCCAGCGCUGCCGCUCGCGCGCCGCCCGCUGCCCCUGCGCUUGCCUCCUGGGCCAUGCUCCACUGUUUACAUGCCGGUGAAGCCCCCGGCCACUCCGAACCCCUCCGAGCCCCGGCUCCCCGAGGGUGAAGCCAACCGGCCCGAGAACUGGACUGGUCGCUCAGACCCGGGCCCUCCGGACUCAGAUCCCCGCCCUCUCUGCCGCCUCCGCCACCAUCUGGGCGGGGUCCGGCUCUGGUGUUUUGAGGAGGGGGUGUGGUGUAGGGAAAGGAAUCCUGGGGAUUUCUGGCUCCCCCCUUUUUUUUGGCCUUCGGGGCUUCAGACUCAGGGAACUCGCUCAUGGCUUUCUUGAUGAAAAAGAAGAAAUUCAAAUUCCAAACCACUUUCACCUUGGAGGAGCUGACUGCGGUCCCCUUUGUGAACGGGGUCCUCUUCUGCAAGGUCCGGCUGCUGGAUGGCGGGGAUUUUGUCAGCUUGUCGUCAAGGGAGGAGGUACAGGAGAACCGCGUGCGGUGGCGGAAGAGGUUCACCUUCGUGUGUAAGAUGAGCGCCAACCCAGCCACCGGCCUGCUCGAUCCCUGCAUCUUCCGUGUGUCGGUGCGCAAGGAGCUGAAAGGCGGGAAGGCUUAUUCCAAGCUGGGCUUCGCCGACUUGAACCUGGCCGAGUUUGCAGGCUCGGGCUCCACAGUGCGCUGCUGCCUGCUGGAGGGAUAUGACACGAAGAACACCCGCCAGGACAACUCCAUCCUCAAGGUCACCAUUGGAAUGUUCCUGCUCUCUGGAGACCCCUGCUUCAAGACGCCGCCGUCCACUGCCAAGUCCAUCUCCAUCCCAGGCCAGGAUUCCUCCCUGCAGCUGACCUGUAAGGGUGGCGGGACCAGCAGCAGUGGCAGCAGCAGCACCAACUCCCUGACGGGGUCCCGGCCCCCCAAGGCCCGGCCCACCAUCCUCAGCUCAGGGCUGCCGGAGGAGCCGGACCAGAACCUGUCCAGCCCUGAGGAGGUGUUCCACUCCGGCCACUCCCGCAACUCCAGCUAUGCCAGCCAGCAGUCCAAGAUCUCCGGCUACAGCACGGAGCACUCGCGCUCCUCCAGCCUCUCGGACCUGACACACCGCCGCAACACGUCCACCAGCAGCAGCGCCUCCGGCGGCCUCAGCAUGACCGUGGAGGGCCCCGAGGGCUGCGAGCGUGAGCACCGGCCCCCCGAGAAGCCACCGAGGCCACCCCGGCCACCACAUCUGUCCGACCGCUCGUUUCGGCGGAAGAAGGACUCCAUGGAGAGCCACCCGACCUGGGUGGAUGACACGCGGAUCGAUGCGGAUGACAUCGUGGAGAAGAUCAUGCAGAGCCAGGACUUCACGGACGGCAGCAACACGGAGGACAGCAACCUCCGGCUGUUCGUGAGCCGUGACGGCUCCACCACGUUGAGUGGCAUCCAGCUGGCCAACAGGGUCUCCUCUGGGGUCUACGAGCCAGUCGUGAUUGAAAGCCAUUGAGGAGCGGGUGUUCAGCCUGGAGAAGGGCCCUGCCUUCGCGGGCAUCCAGACCCGUGUCAUUCCACGAGGGACCUUCCCCUUUGGAUCACCGUCUGCGCCGCAUCUCAUCUGUGCCUCCUCCAUGCACUCCAGCCCCUGCCCCUGCCUCAAAGCAUCAUUCCAUUGUCCUCCCAGCCAUGCCGGGCCUGCC